CAAGUAUUCACAUUCACCACUAAAUUUUCUAAAUUAUGGGUAAGUAUGGAGAUCCUGAGUAUUGGGAUAAGAGGUAUGGAGACCAAGAAGGGAAGACUUUUGACUGGUAUGAAACCUGGAGUGACCUUGAGGAGCUGCUUGGGAAGUAUAUGACAAAGACAGCUAAGAUUUUGGUAAUUGGAUGUGGAAAUGCUGAGUUUAGUGAGGAAAUGUAUGAUGCUGGGUAUACUAAUGUUGUUAACAUUGAUACGUGUUCUAUUGUUAUUGAACAAAUGAAGAUCCGAACACAGGAUAGGCCUCAUAUGCAAUGGGAAGUCAUGGAUUGCACUGAUCUUAAAUUUGAAGACGGAAGUUUUGAUAUCUGAAUUGACAAAGGGAUGAUCGAUACUUUAUUUUGAGGGAGUAUGCCAUUCCUUAAUGCAGCUAAGCUCACUAAUGAGAUUCAGAGAGUGCUUAAACCAUCUGGGAUUUACUUUGUAGUAUCCUAUGGGAUUCCUGAAAAGAGGUUAUUCCACUUCAAAAGGGAUCAUCUUGACUUUUCCAUCUCUACAUUCAUAAUAAAGCCAGAGACACCCGAAUCAGAAAAAGAAAAAUCAAACAAGAUUCAUUAUAUAUACAUCUGCACCAAAGGUGAUGAUGCAGAGACUGCUCAAGAGAACUGGCCGAUGGUCAGAGAACAACUAGAAGAAGAAGACUCUAAAGACUGUUCCGACUCAGAGACUGCAGCACCCUCUCCUAGAGAAGAUUCUAGUUCUUAA